UGUGUGUGUGUGUGUGUGUGUGUGUGUGUGUGUGUGUGUAUUUUGGGGUGGAGGAUUGUGAAACAGUGGCAGAGAGAUUGUGAAGGGGGUCGGGGAGUUAGCAGCAGAAGAGCCAGUGAUAGGGAGCAUCCAUCCAUCACAAGGGAUGAACAAGAAGCUGUUUAUAAACACUCUAUACUGGGAAUUUUUUAAUGAGAUGAUUUCAGUUCCUAAAAGCAGGGCAGAGGGGGUCUCAGAGGUUGGCAGUUCAAAUCCCUAGUGCAACCAAUAAGCCUCAUCCUGGGAAAUGUCAUGGGGAAUUUUUGAUAUUUUCAAUUCUGAUGUACGUUGGGACAUGUAGCCUAAAAACGCUAUUGUUCCCUGGCCUACCUUUUCAUGUCUUCCCAAUUAUUGCCCAUACAAUGUCUGUUAAUGAUUCUCCUUCUCAAUGACACUUUUUUUUCUUUCUAAAAGUAGAAAAAAGAGGAUCUUUGGUCGGGUUCCCACAUGUCCAACUAAAACACACAUCAAGAGCAGCUGUCUGUUUACUCUGUGUGUGUGUUUGUGUGUGUAUGAGGUUUGAGUCUGGGCUGGACUACAAAAAAGUGAGAGAGUUGGACAAAAGGGAGAGGACAUCGGGACGCUCGGGCGCAUCAGGAAGGCUUCCAUCAUCAACGGUCCCGUAUUACUAGCUGGAGAGAGGAUCUUCUGUCCAGAUGAGAGAGUGGACCGAGUUGGACAUGAGUUUUUCGGCAGGGGGCUUUCUCUCAGCCUCGGAUGGUUACUGCUCCACAGAGCCGCUCCAGUACUAUGACAUGCUGGCGGACCCUAUGGGCUACCCCCUGCAGGACCCUGACCUCCAGCUGCUCCCUUACAGCCAACAACAGUACAGCCCUGCCAACCUGCCCUUCUCUCUCUAUGGCUCUCCACCUUCCUCCACCUCCUCUCCCUCCUCUUCCUCUUCCUCCUCACAGCCCUGCCACCUCCCCUACCACUACAGUCAUCAUUGUCUGGAGGCCCCCUGUGACCCCAGCCCGGAGCCCCACUGCAGGGGCCUCGCUCAGGGGCUCGUAGCGGUGGGGCUGCCCCUGGGGCGGAGGACGCGGGUGGGGUGUGGAGGGAAGGGCAGAGGCCAGGAGGAGCUGUGUGUGGUGUGUGGAGACAAAGCGUCAGGGUAUCAUUACAACGCUCUGACCUGCGAGGGGUGUAAAGGUUUCUUUAGGCGUAGUGUAACCAAAAAGGCGGUGUAUCACUGUAAGAGUGGCGGUGGCUGUGAGAUGGACAUGUACAUGAGGAGGAAGUGCCAAGACUGUCGGCUCAGGAAGUGCCGCGCUGUGGGAAUGCUGGCUGAGUGCCUUCUGACGGAGGUGCAGUGCCAGUCCAAGCGGCUGAGGAAAGGAGGGAAGGGCAGAGGACAGGAGGAAGAGGAGAGCCCAGAGAGCAGGAGGGUCAGCUCCACCAGCAGGCUACCUGGACAGGCUAUGUCUGCCAGUUUAACCCGAGAACAGAAGUACAUUGUGGACCGGUUGGCGGAGGCCCAUCAACUGUACAGAGCACAGGACACCAGCGAUUGCAGGUUUGAAUGGCCAUGUACAGAAGAAAUGGAGGACUUGUCUGAUUUCAUAUCUCCCCACAUGCAAAAACUGCUACAGUUUGCCAGGACAGUGCCAGGUUUUGAUCUCCUGGAUUUUUCGGACCAGAGAUCUCUGUUGUCUGUCUCUUCAUUGGAGGUCAUGUUCCUGCUCUCCGCUCAGCUGUUCUCCCACAACCCAGCAUGCCCCAGUCCAGCCCUGCAGAUUUUUAGUAUGUCAUCACACAACUGGCUGAGAAAUGUAGAGUCAAAGGAAAACUUCCACAGUAGGAUGCUGCCAGUCAACUCAGGAUGCAGUGAGGAUCUCCUCGGGCCCGUUCUCAACUUCUUCCACAGCAUGGCAGCGCUGCGGGUGACGGAGGCAGAGUACUCCCUGCUCACUGCGACAGCUCUGCUCUGCUCAGGUCAGACCAGAAACUCCCUCUGA